CUAGACUUGUAGCUUUCUCUCCACAAACAUUAGACAAUGUUGUCUACACCUUUACUCGUACUUCUAACUUGCUGGCAAUGGUCCUUGGGUCAGGCUAGUCUGACUCAGCCUUCCUCCAUGUCGGUGUCACUGGGACAGACUGCAGAACUUUCCUGCACUGGCACCAUGUCUAGCAGCUACUACUUGUGCUGGUACCAGCAGCGACCUGGGGCUGCUCCAAGACUGCUUACAAGAGACAGCAACAGGGAAUCUGGAGUCCCAGAUCGGUUCAAUGCAGCAGUUGACUGGACGGCCCAAACUGCAAAGUUAACCAUUAAUGGGGUACAGGCUGAGGAUGAAGCAGAUUAUUACUGUGGUAUCUGGGAUGGUAGCACAAGCUCAUACACAGUUUAUUUAGGUCCCUUGGACCAGGCAAGCCUAAAUCAGCCUUCAUCCAUGUCGGUGUCACUGGGACAGACUGCAGAACUUUCCUGCACUAGGACCAUGUCUAGCAGCUAUUACUUGUGCUGGUACCAGCAGCGACCUGGGACUGCUCCAAGACUGCUCACCUAUGACAGUGACAGAGCCGAUGGAAUCCCAGCUCGAUUCAGUGGUGCAGCCGACUGGUCAGCACAAACUGAAAAGUUAACAAUUUCUAAUGUGCAGGCAGAGGAUGAAGCAGAUUAUUACUGUGGUAUAUGGGGUGGUAACUCAUACACAGUGAUACAGUUACAGAGGGAACUGAAACAUUAA